UUUUACAUUUAUAUCACCCAAAAUUUUAUCAUCAUAUAAGAAAAUAUCACAAUUUUAGCUUAUGCGGCAUGGCAUACAUGUUUAUAUGAUAGAUAUAUAAAUACAUGAUAAUCCUUCUUUCUUUUAUAUGCGCGCAUCUUCUUCUCGGAUUCCAUCUCUCUUUCUAGCUUUGGAUUCCUAGACAUUAAAAUGAGCUUCUCCAAAAUGAACAACAGCGCCAUGUCUAAUCAUACAGAAACCAACGGCUUCGGCCUCACGGACGACUUGCUGAUCGAAAUUCUAACCAAACUGCCGUUGAAGUGCAUCUACCGCUACAAAUGCGUUUCGAGAUCAUGGCGGCUGCUUAUUGCCGACCGUUACGUCGCCAAAAGGCUCCCUUUAAUCCUCUCCGGCGUGUUCUAUCGCUGCGGCGCCGGCGAGAGCAAACCCGAACCCAGGUAUGGCUGCAACUCUAAUGGCAGCUUCCAAGAAACAGACUUUAGUUACCUCCCAUUCAAUCACAACUCCAGCAUCAUAGACUGCAGCAACGGUCUUCUCCUCUUUUACAGAAGCAUUCCCUCUGCUUUUCAUGUCUGCAAUCCAACCACGAAAACAUGGGUUGCUCUGCCCAAGCCAAGGGGCAAGAACCAGCUCUCAAUAUUAGCUUUUGAUCCCUACAAAUCACUGUAUUUCAAGGUGGUUUGCUUCAGCGGGUGGCUGGCACAGGGAGGCCAGUUAGAGAUCUUUUCGUCGGAGACCGGCAAGUGGGUUCGGCACAGCCUGCAUUGGGGGGUAGACACCAACAAGCUCUCCGCUUCGAUGCAUUACUUUGAUGGAGUUCUCUAUGUUCUCGCUCAUCCUGGCCAUGUUGCUUGCAUUGAUCUUGAAAGGAUGUGUUGCAGAGUAAUCGAGCUCCCGGAGGACAUUGAGCAUGAUGUUUGCUUGGGGAAUUCUGGCGGGUUUCUGCACUGUGCAAUGUAUGAUGCAAAUGAGUUGAGGAUUUGGGUUUUAAAAGGAUUGAAAUGGGCAUUGAAGAACAGAGUCAGUGUUUCCGAGAUAUUAAAAUUGGAUGGUGAAUGCAGAGAUAUGGUUCCCACUGGUUUUCGGGAUCAUGGACAGUUUAAUUUCAUGGCGUUUCAUCCGAAGGAGGAGGUGGUUUAUCUUUGGGUUAUGGGUAAGUUGGUGUCUUAUGAUGUUUGUAGGAAGAGAUUUGGUUUGGUUUGGGAGCUGGGAACAGAGAAGGAGAAGGUUCAGAUGAUUCAGAUUUGUCUGUUUCCUUGUUCAGAUGAUGUUUCAGAUUGGUUGGCUUGAUGAAGAACUCAGUUUUCAGUCUCUGAAAAAUGGAAUUUUUUUUCUUCUGUGUUAUUGUGAUUUAAUUUGUGGGAUGUAAAGCAUACUUCUGCUUUGAAUUCUUGUAUAGUUGCAUUGUUUUAUUGAAAUUUAAAGUAUAGUGCUAUUAAAGUUAUUGAUGGGCCUUUGUUUUGAUUGCUCUUUCACUGAAAUUCAUUGCAAAUCUUAUGGUCAAAAUCCAAAAUUUAUGAAGGAAUGUGCUUUAAUAAAAGGCUUCAUGUAAGUCUCUUGCAUGUUGUCAUUCUUUUAAUUACUUAAAGAGAAUUUUUGGGGACCUUUUUUGAAAUGUUGCAUUGUUUUAUAUGGAGAUAAAAAUUAGUUUUUUAUAAUAACCAUUCACCUGGGGACAUAUUAAUGUACUUGGUUAGGCUAAAGGUCAAGAGUUCAAAUGUACUGAAAAAGUAAAGCUGAAUUUUC